AAGGAGCAGAUGCAAGUGCUGGGUUUGAAGCCGCAGUCAGAGAUCAAAUAAGGUAUAUGCGAAGACCACUGCCAAACUAUCACAGGCUCAUGUUGGGCAUGGACGACGGCUACUCGAACUGGUACCCGAAGCUCAGAAGGGCGGCGAUGAUCUUCAUUGCGGUCUACAUCGUCAUGGUCUGGUUGCCUUCAGCCUACUCCUACUACUUUGGCGGCUCAUACAGGGAGGAUGCGAGCAUGGAAAAGCUCCAUCUUGAAUCGCCUGACUUCAGCUCUAUCAAUCCGGCAAGUGACACAAGGUUCAUCAGCAAGAGGAUGAUCCAGGGGCUCAUCUCUUCAGCUGCCUUCAGCCCGACAGGACACUCCAUUCUCAACCUCACCGGGCCCGGAGACGUGUACUCCCGCAAGAUCGUCUCACUCAAGCGAGGAAGCUUCAAGGGCCCUUCCCUCACCGCCCGGCCUCUCACUUCCUUCGUCCUAGAGGGUGUGCUGGCGCACGUGACCUUCAGGCCUGACGGGACAGUCUCCAACUGCGUCCUGCUGGGGAAGGGAGGGCCAGCUCUGGCUGUGGACAUCAAGGCAGGCGUUUGGUUUGCCCAGCUGGUGUUUGACAAGCCAGUUGUGAUUGUGGAGACUGAAGCCCAAGAACCGUUGACCCCGUCGAGCUCGAGGAUUGAUCACAACGUCUCUUCUAUCAAAGUUCCUUCCUUUGCAUCACCGGAGGGUAAGAGACUAGCUGCCCGCAUUCUCCAGCAAUGUAUGUCUUGAGCACUUCCUUCAAUGUACCCAGUACCCUACAAUGGUCCUCUCCCGUACCCUGUUUGAGAGCAGAUGGUAAACCUGAGCUGGGCCUCAGCUGAGCUCGUUCAUUGAUGGUAAAUCACCUUAACG